AUGAAGACACAUUCCGUCGCAUGGGAUCUGCAUCAGAACAACUGUUCCGCUGGGGUCGGUCUAGACUUUAUCAAAGUGCCAUCCCCCACGCUUGCUCUCCCCCUCUCUGCCUGGGCAUCUCUUCUGGCAACCUGGAAUAUAACCACCCAUUCGCACACGGACUAUACCGGAUACCCUACUUCACUCACUGGAGAGAUGCAGUCUUUCGCUAACAGAUGUUCCUAUUCAAUCCAUUUUUCAAUUCGCAACGAGUGCUUUAAGGACUUCGUCAGAAGAACCCCACAAAGCCCCACCAAAAUACAGCAAGACUGGUCCGUGCUGUGGGGGAAUAUACUCCCGUGUGGGCAGAAACAGGCCUCAUUUGAUCGAGCCGAAGCACAGCCACGAUGGAAUUGUCUUGGCUCCCUCAGCUCCCUCAGCUCCCAUCAGCUCCCCUCAGCUCCCCUCAGCUCCCCUCAUGAUAAAUAG